CACUCGAUGGGUGGCAUCGGGGCCUCCGGCCGGGAGCUUUAGGCUCCCAAGUUGGCCGCCCGGGAAGGAGCCAAUUCCUUACGAUACCCGGCGACCCACCCGAGCUGAGCUUGGGGAGGCUUGCCCGAGUGGGCAGGAGGCCGGGGGAGGAAAAAACGAGGCAACUGGCUGUGGAUAGGACGGGCGAACACCUGGAGGAGGAGGCUCGGAUUGGACCGGACAGCACCUGGCCAGGUGGCAUCUAUCUUCCGCUCCGCCAUCGCCAGCCCCGAAAUCCUCCUCAGCCAUGGAGCUUCCCGCACUCUCCGGAAAGGUCAUCGCCUUCUCCCUUACCGCCUUCCCUGUGUGCUACAUUUUGAACCGCCUCUCUGAGCUCUCCCAUCCCUUGGGUGUGGCUAUCCUGAGUGCAAUGAUCCUGGUUCUUCUGUUUGUGGCCAUCUCCAGCCUGGCCCAGGGAAAGAUCUCCCACAACCCACUUUUUGCUGUGUUUACCCUCUUUUCCUUCGCCUCCCUCGUCGAUUUGUUCAUUGCCCUUCAGGAGGAUGGCUAUGGGAUGGAUUUCAUGGAAUUCUAUACUCGGGAGAGAGAGCCAUACCUGCGCACAGCCCAUGGAAUUUUUAGCUGCUAUUGGGACGGCAUUGUCCAUUAUCUGCUCUACCUCAUCAUGACGGGGGCCAUUGCUAAGAGGAAGAGAUAUAGAAGUCUGGGACUAUACUGGCUGGGAUCACUGGUCAUGAGCAUCAUGGUUUUUGUUCCAGGAAACAUCCUUGGCAAGUACAGCUCGGAGCUCCGAUUGUCCUUCUUAUUUAAUAUUCCCUAUAUGUUAAUCCCUUGCUGGGCUGGUCUACACCUCUUCAGCCAGGACCGUGGCCCAACAGGCUACACGGCCAAUAUGAUCAUUGAAGAACACAAGAAGGGGCUGCUCCAGAGGCCCUGGGACCUGGCUCUGUUUAUCUAUCUGCUUCUGGCGGGAUUGUUUACCAUCUUCCGUGGCCUGGUGGUCCUAGAUUGUCCCACGGAUUCCUGCUUCAUCUAUGUGUAUCAGUAUGAGCCGUAUCUGAGAGACCCCGUGGCCUAUCCCAAGGUGCAGAUGUUGGUGUUCCUGUUCUAUGCCCUGCCUUUUUUUAUCCUGGCUGCUUAUGGCCUCUUGUGGCCUGGCUGUACCUGGCUUCCAGACUGGGCGCUGGUGUUUGCGGGAGCCUUGGGCCAGGCCCAGUUCUGUCACAUCGGUGCCUCAAUGCAUCCUCACACCCCCUACACCUACCGAACCCCUGAAGAUGUCUGGUCCUUCCUCUUUAUCCUCAACCUUCUCUAUGCUGUGGGGAUCCAUCUUCUGGCCUACCGCUGCCUCCGAUGGCCAGCCUUUUUCCUCCGUCCUCCCACCUUCGAUCAGCACAAAGAGAACAAGAAAGACUGCUGAAAGGAUACUAUGACCAAGAGACACUGCGACCUCCACCCAAUCUUCCUGAGGGCCAGCUUCAUUUCCCUAGUUCUGGUUAUUGAAUCAUUGAAUCUCAGACUUUGAAAUGACCUCAGAAGUCAACUAUCUCAACCCUACCCGAUGAAGAAUCCCCUCUACAAGACUUGCAACAAGAAGCCAUCCCAUCUCUUUGAAGUCUUCCAGUGAGGGAAAACUGACUACCCUACCUCAAAGCAGCUGAUUCCAUUUUUGGCCAGCUCUAAGUGUUAGCAAGAUUUUCUUUACACUGAGAAUUUUCCUUUGAAAUGUUGGAAUAUGAAGUUCCCAAAUUUGCUUCUUUUAUAUUCUCUCCAUCACUCCUGGUUCCACCAUCUGGGGCCAAGCAGAAUAAGAGUCUCCCUUCUCACCUCCCCAUGACAGCCAUUCAAAUAGUGCUCACAUUUCUGCUAAAUUCUCUAGUUCCUUAUGCUGAUUUUUGCAUGGUAUAGUCUUCAGUUCUGAUCAUCCUCCCCUGUCAUGAUCCAUCUACCUUGUCAUCCCAAAGCUGGACGGAGAUCUCCAUGGGGGGGAUCUACUGAGAUCACCAGUAACACAGAACAUUGAGCCAAUCACUUAAUUUCCCUUCUCCAUCUUCUCUCUGGCUUGAGAUGGAAAGGUACACAUAGAAUGACUUGGAGGACCUAUGGUUUAUUCUCUAGAGAUCCCGGGGGCUUGGAGAUCCCCUCUCCCCCAGGUCUAACUCUGUUCUCAAGCCUUCUUGCCUAAAGUUGGAGGUUUGGAUUCCCAAAGCAACCACAGACUCUGAAAACAGAUAGCUGAAGUUCCAUGAUAACAAGCCACAGUUUACAAAGUUAACUAUUGUAUGGUUGAUUGGACUUUCUAGCGUCCUCCUGUUAGGAGAGUGAGGAAAACCCUACAGAUGGAGCUGAACUAAGGUUUGAGUGAGUGGCACGGAAGUGAGAAGAGGAUGACCUUGCUAGUGAGGGCAGCAUGUGAGGGGCCCAACUGGGACUUGGAUCUGAAUCACAGAAUCUUAAAACUGAAAAGGACCUGCAAUAUUAUCUAUAUUCAAACCUCUCCUUUAACGAAUGGACAAAUGGAGGCUUAAGGAGGGGAAAGGGCAUGUCCAAGGUGUCAUUUUUUUAUUUAGGAUUUUUAAUUUAGGAUUAAUUUAAUUUAGGAUUUUCAAACCUAAAACUUCUGAAAUUUUUUCCCCUUGGAGAGACCUAAAAAUAAAUGUUUCUGGAAGAGGAAUCAGAUAUCUAGACUAGAGGAAAGGAAGACAAUGAUCAAGAAAAGGGGAUAUGAGGAGCAGCUGAGAGUGGGUGGGCUCAGCAUGGAUCCAGGCUCAUUUGCAGGCUGCCAGGGCCUCCACGGAGCCAAAAGUGGACUGGGUAUAAGGGAGGGGGGAUGGAGGUGUCCAGACCAGAACCACCAGAGGAACAGUUUCUAAAGUGGGACCCUUCUUCUGUUACCUGGGUUUGCAUUAUCUAUAUAAAGACUUUGUCAUCCUUGUUUUCUGUAGUAAAUGGACUUUUAUGGAACAAA